GGCUGAAACCCCGGAACACUGUCACAUGCCAACGCAGUGAGGGAGACGCACUGGGGAGUUAUACAUAUAUAUAUAUAUAUAGAGAGAGAGAGAGAGAGAGAGAGAGAGAGAGCAGAGGAAGAGCUAUGGAGAGAGCAGAUGAAGAAGAAGAGCUUCAGAGCUCUGGAAAGAGGAUAAAACGCGUCGGAACGGAAGAUGAGGGGACCGAACUUUUUUUGAAGUUCGGAACGUUCUUUUAUCCCAUGACUCCGUCGGCUUUCGUUGUCUCCGACGCUCUCGAACCUGAUUUUCCAAUUAUUUAUGUUAACACUCUGUUCGAAAUCUUCACUGGAUACCGUGCCGACGAAGUCCUCGGCCGAAACUGUCGGUUUUUACAAUACAGGGACCGACGUGCACAAAGGCGUCAUCCUUUGGUAGAUCCUGUGGUUGUUUCUGAAAUUCAAAGAUGUAUUGAGGAAGGGGUUGAAUUUCAAGGUGAGCUCUUAAAUUUUAGGAAGGAUGGUACUCCUUUGGUGAACAGGCUACAACUCAGUCCCAUACAUGGGGAUGAUGGCAUUGUAACACACAUCAUAGGAAUUCAGGCAUUCUCUGAAGCAAAGAUAGACCUCAACCGGAUAUCAUACCCAGUUUUCAAACAGACAUCCUAUCAGCAUUGUGAUGUGUCAGUUGAAAAUUCUCCCAUAAACGGGCAAGCACCAAAUUCUCAAACCUCUGAUGUGUGUGGGAUUCUUCUGCUAUCUGAUGAAGUCCUAGCGCAUAACAUUUUAGCACUCUUGACACCCAGAGAUGUUGCAUCCAUUGGGUCUGUCUGCAGAAGGAUUCGUGAACUAACAAAGAAUGAGCAUUUGCGGAAGAUGGUCUGUCAAAAUGCAUGGGGAAGAGAAAUCACAGGUACACUGGAAUUGGUGACCAAGAGAUUAGGGUGGGGGCGUCUCGCCAGGGAGCUAACAACACUAGAGGCAGUUUGUUGGAAGAAGUUUAUUGUUGGGGGUGCAAUUGAGCCUACUCGUUGUAAUUUUAGUGCAUGUGCAGCUGGCAACCGGCUUGUUCUUUUCGGAGGAGAAGGGGUGAACAUGGAACCGAUGAAUGAUACAUUUGUUCUCAAUUUUGAUGUGCCAAACCCAGAGUGGCAGCGGGUAAGUGUGAAAUCCUCUCCACCUGGCCGCUGGGGCCACACGCUCUCAUGCGUGAAUGAUUCCUGGUUGGUGGUUUUUGGGGGAUGUGGGAGGCAAGGAUUACUCAAUGAUGUGUUCGUGCUAGACUUGGAUGCUCAACAGCCGACAUGGAAAGAAGUCUUAGGUGGAGCUCCUCCCCUUCCCAGAUCUUGGCAUAGUUCUUGCACCGUGGAAGGCUCGAAAUUGGUGAUCUCAGGUGGAUGCACAGAUGAUGGGAUGCUUCUCAGCGACACGUAUUUAUUGGAUCUAACAACAGACAAGCCAGUAUGGAGGGAGAUUCCUACAUCUUGGGCUCCUCCCUCUAGAUUGGGACACUCACUCUCAGUUUAUGGGAGAACUAAGAUUCUUAUGUUUGGUGGCCUUGCCAAGAGUGGACACCUACAGUUGAGAUCAGGUGAAGCUUACACAAUUGAUUUGGAGGAUGAUGAACUACAGUGGAGGCAACUGGGUUGUGGUGGUGUGGGUAGCCAGAAUGAUGUGGUUCCUCCACCCAGACUAGACCAUGUUGCUGUAAGCAUGCCUUGUGGGAGGAUUAUCAUAUUUGGUGGCUCAAUUGCUGGUCUCCAUUCUCCAACUCAGCUCUUCCUUCUGGAUCCUUCCGAGGAGAAGCCAUCAUGGAGGAUCCUUAAUGUUCCUGGGAAACCACCCAAGUUUGCUUGGGGUCACAGCACAUGUGUGGUUGGAGGGACUAGAGUUCUGGUCUUGGGUGGGCAAACUGGUGAAGAGUGGACACUGAAUGAACUGAAUGAGCUAUGUUUGGCUAGCAUACCUGAUGCAGAAACAUGAUUUGCUGAAAAAUUGGCUACAUCAUAAACUAUAUUUAUUUUGGUCAAGUACCAUCAUGAUCACUGAGAAGCACAUUUUGGUGAAAUCUACAUAAGGUUCUAGUUUCUACUUCCAUGUCUUUUUCACAGUUCUGCACUCUAGAAUGUCUUCCUUGUAUACUCAGGUAUUUUUCAUAAGUUUGGGGCUGUGUUGUAUGCUUGAUGACUCAGGUUCACUGUUCUAUAUUUUACUGCUCUACAGUGUGCAUGUAGCUAAUUGAAACUAUCAUAUCCUUGUGUACCAUGAGGGCUGUCUUGUUUGGAAAAAAAAAACCUCAUUUAAGGAGGCCAGUGUCAUUAAUGCAUAAACAUAUCCACUAUUUAUAACUUUUA